AUGUCUUCUCCAAACACUCGUGCCAAGAAUUCGUCUUCCUCAAUUCCUCUUGAUUAUAUCACCGGGGUUGGAGUGGACAAUCAUGCGAUUGCGGUUAGAAGUAAGCUUCACCCCUUCACUAAGAAAAACCUGGACAAGAAUGUUCUCCAUCUUUUUGAGAACACCCUAGUGCUGGGUCCUCAUUGGUUUGGCUCCGUGCUAAAAGAGAUGGCGGAUUUGUUCAAGGAAGAUGCUGAGGCCCCUUUGUGCCUUCAAAGCUCUACGGCCCUGUCUUCUCACACCUGGGUUAGCAAGAACCUGAGCCAUUCUUAUCCUUCGAGUGAAGUGAGGAAUAGUGCCGUGAAGUGGUCUGAUUGGAAUGACAGACUUUUCUCGAGGCAUGUAGCUUACUGGAAGAAGGCUGGGAUAUAUGAUGCAAUUCUUUUGUCCAAGAAUUCCAUCAAUAAGGAUGAGAAUUUGCUGGCUGCUGCUUUGUGCUUCUGGAACUCUGCCAACAAUACUUUUGACUUCCGCCUAGGGCCUAUGAGCCCAACUCUACUAGACCUUGCCCAAAUAUUUGGAUUCAGGCCUCACGAGAGGCCUGCUGAUGCUGUUGGCGAUUACCAUAGGAGCAAAAAUCUGGAGAGAGUGGCCAAGCCCUUCACCGUUCUGGCUGCCACGAUUAAUCAGAACUACUCCUUUUCUAAUUUCUUGAAGAAGUUUGGCACUGAGAAGGACAUGGAUCAGCAACACAUGAUGUUCCUGUUAUAUUGGUUGAAUAGAUUUGUCUUCCCCAAUAGGUCCUCGGCAGUUCUGCUAGAAUAUAAGCAUCUGGCAGAAGCCCUUCACAAUCACACGGAUGUAGGACUUGGUCCUACUGUUCUGGUUCAUUUGUAUAAGAAUAUCCACAGUGCCACCCUGGAGAGCCCUCUGAAUAUCUCUACACCUGGUGCGUUCUGGAUGAUCCAGAUUUGGCUGCAGGUUUACUUCCCGGAAUUGAGGUUCUCGGACAUUGUUCUGUCUGAAGAUCAAGUCAUGGUAGCCCCUUGA